AAUGCACUCUGACUUGCAGAGAGAGUAGACAUGUCUAAGGGACGUGUGCUGGAGCUCUUCUAUGAUGUGGUCUCCUCAUAUUCCUGGCUGGGGUUUGAGAUCAUGUGCCGAUAUAAAAAUAUAUGGAAUGUAGAUGUUCAGUUCCGUCCUGGAUUUCUUGGGGGAAUAAUGCAAGCAACAGGUAACUCUCCACCUGCAAUGGUUCCCAAAAAAGGAGCAUACAUGGCACAGGAUAUGGAGAGACUAUCAGAAUAUUACCAGGUUCCUCUGAAACAACCCGGUGACUUCUUUCAAGUUGUUAUUAAAAAAGGAAGUCUCUCAGCCAUGCGCUUUGUCACUGCCGUUCAAUUGGUGCAUCCUGAAUUCGUAGAACCGGUUUCAAGGGAGCUUUGGAGGCGGAUCUGGUCUGAGGAUAAAGAUAUUACAGAACCAGAGAGCAUACUGGAGGCUGCUAAAAAAGCAGGAAUGCCAGAGGAUGUUGCUAAAAAAGUUCUGGCCACCAUAUCUUCACCAGAGGUUAAGAACAAACUCAAGGAGACCACUGAGAGUGCUUUAAAGUAUGGGGUGUUUGGUAUGCCUUCUAUUGUGGCUCACAUAAACGGAAAGCCGCAGCUGUAUUUUGGAUCUGAUCGCUUUGAACUUUUAGCACAUAAGCUAGGUGAAAAAUGGUAUGGACCAGUCCCUCAGAAGUCCCAUCUGUGAUGUCUAAAAAGGAGAGACUCUCUAGCUGAGAAUACUAAACGCCAGGAGUGCUUAUGUUGUGGUACCGAUGUAGCAUACAGUGCACACCACGCCACUAGUUUCUAAAACUGUAACUGAAUUACUAAUGGUUGAACAUAUUGUAUA